UCAUUACUGCUAAGGAAUUCAACAACACUACUCCUAAAAGUUGAUUUUAGGUUUAGAAAAGUAAAAUAUUUAUCAUUUGGCUUAAAAAAUGGAAGAAUCUGUUGAGGAAAGUGAUUAUUUGGUGGAAUCAAAUCGCUUGGCUACAUUUAAAAAUUGGCCUAAUCCAAAUAUUUCACCUCAAUCACUGGCCAAAGCAGGUUUCUACUAUUUAAAUCGUUCGGAUCAGGUAAAAUGUGCUUGGUGCAAGGGUAUAAUAGCAAUGUGGGAGGAACAAGACGAUGCAUUUGAGGAGCAUAAACGUUUCUUUCCCAACUGUCCACGCGUACAAUUAGGACCACUGAUAGAAAUGGCGAGCGAUGGACUGCGUGAUUUAGGCAUACAACAAAUAUCUACACCGAAAAAGCCAAAAUUUUCCUCAUUGGAUUCACGACUCCGAACAUAUGUCAAUUGGCCGAUACCUGAUAUACAAAAACCCGAUGCGCUAGCACAGGCUGGUCUCUACUAUCAAAAUGUCGAGGAUCAAGUGCGUUGUUUUCACUGUAAUAUAGGUUUGCGUUCGUGGCAACGCGAAGACGAUCCUUGGUUUGAGCAUGCAAAAUGGUUUCCACAGUGCCAAUUCGUGCGUCUCGUCAAAGGCGCAAACUACAUACAGCAAGUAAAAGACUUGAGCCGACAAUCAGGUCAUCAACCACACAACGAAAUGUCCAUUGAUGAAGCCAUGAUGAGCGCACCCGUACUGCAGGCGCUCGAAAUUGGUAUCGAUGGUGGUUCAAUACGAAAUGCUACACAACGCCAACUGGCGGCAUGUGGACGACCCUAUGAGACAGUAGAAGAUUUAAUAAAAGCGGUCUUCGGUGAUCCCGAAGACGCUGAACCAAUUGCAAAUAAUCAGUGUACUGAAGGCAUUAGUGCUAGUUUGGCGGGCGACGUUUCACGUUUAAUAAAUAUGCUAGACGAAGCUGGUGUGGGUAGUAAUUGUGUUGAAAAUCAGCAUAACGCUAGCAGCAGCAGCAGUAGUACGACAACAUUGAAUCAAAGUAACGUGCAAAAUCCAUUAUAUAAUAAUGUAUUGAAUGGACCAAGUUGUUCAGCGGCGGUAACCAAUGCUUUGCAGAUAAAGCAAACUAGUGAUAACACAGCAGCCGAAGUAGCUAAAACAGAUAAUGUUGAUGAAGAGAAAACAAACAAAGACGCAAACGCAGUAACGCUGAAUAGAACAUUAUCGCUGGAAGAAGAAAAUCGUAAACUAAAAGAUGCGCGUCUGUGCAAAGUGUGUCUGGAUGAAGAAGUCGGUGUCGUGUUUUUGCCAUGUGGGCACUUAGUUACAUGCGUGCAAUGCGCACCUGGCGUCGGUCAGUGUCCCAUGUGUCGUGCCGAUAUUAAAGGUUUUGUACGCACUUACCUAUCGUAAAUAGUAGCUGAUGAAUCUACACUAUUUAUUUCCAAACUCGAAAGGUGUUAUAUUUAAUUUAUUAUACGGUAGUUGCUAUUAAACUUGCUUUAGUACAUACAUACAUACAUACAUACACAUAUAUAUAAAUGUUAUGCUAGUUUGGAUUGGUAAAGUAAAUAUAAAUAAUGAUUUUACAAAUAUUUACACACUUAUAUCUAUAUAUAUACAUAUGUAGUUAAUGUUAAACACUAGUAGCUUUUUACUUAUCAUUGAAGGACGAAACUAAACAUUUUGUUUUGAAUGUUAAACCUAACUACCUUGCAAUAAAAUCAAAUUCUGUAUUUUAGCUGUUAUAUUUUUCGCGACUUUUAAAAAGUCAAAUGAUACCAGUUCUCAUGAAUAUCGAAUGUAAUUUAUCGAAAUAUUGUGUUUAUUUUGUUUUUCCUUAGUCUAUUAUUAUUAUUAUUGUAUGUGAAAAUAAAUAAAUGGUUAUGCAUUAAAUACAAUAUUUAAA